GAAAAAUCCAAAAUACAGUAAAUCCCACGUACAACACAUGAGUUUGACUCAACCCAGAAUCAAACUUGCAUUAUGCACCGCACGUCUUCAGUGUUUGUACCAGAAAUAUAGCGUUGGAUCUGACUCCAUUCCACAUCACUUCGCCUUUAUCAGAUCUCUUGUUGUCCUGACCUUAAUUAUUUAUCAAUUAUUCGUUAUUACUUUUCCUUUGCUUCUUCAAUAUUUUAUAUCCCUCUCUGGCCUUUUCAAUUAGGAGCAGCAACUUGUAUAUAUUAGAUUGCCAGAAAAAUUGUGGUUGGUGAGAUCUACGUUUUGUCAUUCAUCAUCUUCUUCUUCAUCAUUCUCAUUAGAGCUGGUGAAUUAUUGAUCACGGCGUAUAUAUUUUCAUCUGUACAUUUCCGGGUUUAAGCCUUGAAGGUUUUAUACAUUAGCGAGAUAGAGAAGCGUAGCAGAGAACGAAGGACAUUACACAACCAAAUUUUGGGGUGGUUUUUGGGGAACAUAUAAGGUAAUGGCGGAAUUCUGUCGCUUUCUUUCUCAAUAAUUAACAGGCUAAUAUCAUGAACGUUUUAAGCAUUACUACAAGGAAACAAACAGCCAACACAAGGUUGAUAUUUAUCACCUUGAAAAGCGAGCCUAUGCCUAUUGGUGGAUGAAUCUGGUUUGAUUGAUGUUGAAAGGAACCAAACAUUAAUUGAAUCUAGCAUUGUUUCUGUAACCCCUUUUCAAUAAAUACAAAGAGGAUCAUCAAAUUCAUCAUUUUCUUCUCAUUACGUGAUCUUGGGGGAUGCGGUUUUCUUUCGUAUCAUCUCUCGGUGCAUUAAUUUUGCAACACGAAAUUCUAAACCUGCAACUCAAUCGAAUUGUUUUUGCUUUCCAAUAAUUUUGCAGACAAGGAAUUCUGGGCACUAACAUUCUGAAACAUCAACUGUAAUAAUUACAUGGAGACUUCAUUGACUUCUAAGCACAUAGCGGUUCCACCUCCACCUCCAUCGCCGCGUCCUUGUGUAACCUGGCUUCACCGGAAAACGUCGGGUCCCUGCAGAUCACAAAACAGGGAAUUCUGCUGUGCUUCCGCGGCCGGAAACGAUGCAAUGGACCGGCUAUUCGACGAGGGAUACAGAGCCGAUGUCUUAAUUCAUACGGAUCAAGGUGGUCUUAUAUAUGCACACGCUAAUAUUCUUGGUGUUGCUUCGCCUGUUUUUAGAUCCAUCUUAAAACAAUCGAAAACCCGCAAUCGUAAGAGAUCAAUCUUAAUUCGCGGAGUUCCACCAGAGGCAGUCCAAGUUUUCAUCCGUUAUUUGUAUUCUUCAUGCUACGAAGAAGAUAAACUGCUAGAGCAUGCUCUGCACCUCUUGGUUUUGUCACAUUCCUAUGUAAUUCCCCAUCUAAAGCAACUAUGUGAAUGGUGGAUUGAGCAAAGAUUGUUAAAUACAGAAAGUGCUAUUGAUAUUUUUCAGCUUGCAAUGCUAUGCGAUGCGCCUCGCCUUAGCUUCAUUUCCCACCGUUUCAUCCUGAGAAACUUCAAGCCUGUUUCUGUUACUGAUGGAUGGAAAGCAAUGAAGGAGAGCCACCCGGUUCUUGAAAAUGAGAUUCUUCAUUCCAUUGUGGCAGAAGAAUUUAACCGGAAGGACAGAAUUAGAAAGCUGAACGAGAGAAAAAUGUACGAACAACUAUACGAGGCAAUGGAGACUGUUGUUCACAUAUUUAGAGACGGAUGCCGGACUAUUGGUCCGCAUCACAAGGUGUGGAGAGAGGAUCAAUCACCUUGUCACUACGUGGCUUGCAAAGGGCUUGAAGCGUUGGUUCGCCAUUUCGCCGGAUGCAAGAAGAGGGUUGCAGGCGGUUGCAUCCAUUGCAAGAGGAUGUGGCAAGUUUUAGAGCUGCAUUCUCGACUUUGUGCUGAUUCAGACAACUGUGGAGUUCCUCUAUGCAGGUAAAGAUUGAUGAUACUAUAAAGUAUAAACUACUAGGUAAACUGUGAAUAGAACUGUAUGGUUUUUUAAUUUGUGAUGUGAUUGACUCUAAAUCUUGCAUUUCAUUUCAGGAAAUUCAAGCAGAAGAGAAGGAGAGAGAACAAGAAGGACGAUAUUAAGUGGAGGAUAUUGGUGAGAAAGAUAGUGAGAUCCAAAAGCAUCUCAGGAGCCCCUUUCUUCUCCAUGGAAAACUGAUAGCUGUUUAGACAGACAAACAUUCUUUGUAGAUUACAUAAGCUUCACAGAAAGUGUACACACUGUAUCAUUAGCUAUUUGUAUAAAAGAGAAUUACAUUUUCAUCAUAGUUCCAGAAAGACAGAUUGCACCGUUAACUAACAUCUUCAUAACAAAAAGUCAAGGUAUACAACCAAAUUUCCAAG